GGUGCUAUAAGAAGUCCACCUGCAAGAGCUAUGGCUGUUUCCACAGGCAUUGGUUUAUUUUCCCCCUGGGAUUAUGUUGUGUUUGCUGCAGUGUUGCUAAUCUCUGCAGUCAUUGGAUUUUAUUAUGCCUUUGCAGGACGAGGGAAGACCACAUCCAAGGAAUUCCUGACGGGAGGAAGAAGUAUGACAGCAGUGCCAGUGGCAAUGUCCCUCACUGCCAGCUUUAUGUCAGCCGUCACUAUCCUAGGAACUCCAGCUGAUGUGUACCGCUUUGGGGCAAUGUAUAGCAUUUUUGCUAUAUCCUAUGCACUGGUAGUCCUUAUUAGCGCAGAAAUCUUCCUCCCUGUUUUUUAUAGACUUAAUAUAGCAAGCACUUAUGAGUAUUUAGAACUUCGCUUUAACAAAUGUGUUCGGAUACUUGGAACAGUCAUUUUUAUCAUAGAGAUGGUUUUGUAUACUGGCAUUGUGAUCUAUGCACCUGCCCUGGCACUGAAUCAAGUCUCAGGAUUUAAUCUUUGGGGAGCAAUGAUUGCAACUGGACUACUAUGCACUUUCUACUGUUCAAUGGGUGGUCUGAAAGCUGUAAUCUGGACAGAUGCAUUCCAGAUAGUAAUUAUGGUGGCAGGUUUCGUAGCUGUCAUCAUAAGAGGUAUAGUGGUGCAGGGUGGAAUCCAGUCUAUCCUCAAUGAUGCCUAUUAUGGAGAGAGAUUGAAUUUUUGGGACUUUGAUCCAAAUCCACUUAGAAGACACACAUUUUGGACAAUUGUGAUUGGUGGAACAUUUUUGUGGACGGGAAUCUAUGGGGUUAACCAGACUCAAGUGCAAAGAUAUAUAGCUUGUAAGACCAGAUUUCAAGCAAAAUUGUCUUUGUACAUGAACCUGAUAGGAUUAUGGGCUAUCUUGACAUGUGCUGUGCUCUCGGGUCUCAUACUCUUCUCAAGAUAUAAGGAUUGUGACCCAUGGACUGCAAAGAGAGUGUCUGCUCCUGACCAGCUCAUGCCAUACUUAGUGCUGGAUAUUCUCCAAAACUAUCCAGGAGUUCCCGGCCUGUUUGUAGCCUGUGCUUACAGUGGCACUUUAAGCACAGUCUCAUCAAGUAUCAAUGCACUGGCUGCAGUAACUGUGGAAGACCUUAUAAAACCAUACACAAAUCUCUCUGAAAAAAAGUUGUCAUGGCUCUCAAGAGGAAUGACCUGUUCGUAUGGCUUACUGUGUAUAGCAAUGUCAGUAGUCGCAUCGCAUAUGGGAAGCGUGAUCCAGGCAGCAUUAUCUAUAUUUGCCAUGAUCGGAGGUCCACUGCUUGGUCUCUUCUCCCUUGGGAUGUUUUUUCCUUUCGGCAAUACUGUGGGUGCUAUUGUAGGUUUGCUGGUUGGAUUUGUUGUAACACUAUGGGCUGGAAUAGGAGGCCAAAUCUACCCUCCAUUGCCUGAAAGAAGUAGACCUCUUCCAUUGUCUACUAUGGGAUGUAAUUUUACCACUGCUAAUAAUACUUACUGGAAUUCAACUACAGAAAUACCCCUACUAACAACAAUUCUGCAACCUGACAUCAGUGUGAGGCCAGAACUUGCUGAUUAUUGGUAUUCUUUAUCGUACUUAUACUUCAGCAUUCUCGGAACCCUAGUGACUGCUCUUGUUGGGGCAAUUGUUAGUCUCCUAUCAGGAGGACUGAAACAAAACAUAAAUCGUGACUUUGUCUUUGGAAGACAGGAUUGUGCAUUUGACAUGUUGUGCUGCUUUAAAUCUCACAAAGAUGACAAAACUGAAGACUUGAAACCACAAGUAGAAAAUGGACAUGACAACCCUGCAUUCACACAGGAUGAUUUUAAUCUUUCACAGCUUAAAUGAAAAUCCAUAAUAAAUAAAAGACACCUUUGUAUGUCACAA